AUGUCUCUCACCAUUAAACUCCACGACUGCCAUCUCAAUCUCCUCAACAACAACCACCUCGGCAUCUCCAAACCCAAAACCAAAGUCCCAAACCUCAAGCUCAAAUUCCGAACCAAACCCAUCUACCACUCCGACCCCUUACUCUCCGUCGUGUACAACUCCACAAUGCACGCCUCCUCCGCUCGCCCGCCUCAAUCCGCUGUCAUCAAGAGCUCCCUCAUCGACCCCGACGGCGGGGCCCUGGUCGAUCUCGUGGUGCCGGAGAGCCAGAGAGCUGCUAAGGCUCUGGAGGCGGAGGCGCUGCCCAAGGUGCGGCUGACAAAGAUUGAUCUCGAGUGGGUCCACGUCAUCAGCGAGGGGUGGGCCAGCCCGCUGCGGGGAUUUAUGAGAGAAGACCAGUACUUGCAGAGCUUGCAUUUCAAUUCGCUGCGGAUCGAAGACGGGUCGUUUGUUAACAUGUCGCUGCCCAUUGUGUUGGCGAUUGACGACGAGACUAAGGAGAGAAUCGGGUCCUCGAAUAAUGUCGGGCUGGUCGGCCCGGGUGGAGAUUUGGUUGGUGUAUUAAGCAGCAUUGAGAUUUACAAGCAUAACAAAGAAGAAAGGAUUGCUAGGACUUGGGGGUCAACAGCCCCGGGGUUGCCAUACGUUGAGGAGGUGAUCACUCCGGCUGGAAACUGGCUUAUUGGCGGAGAUUUGGAAGUACUAGACCGUGUCAAAUAUAAUGACGGGCUUGAUCACUACAGGCUCUCUCCUCGACAGCUCCGGAAAGAAUUUGACAGGCGUCAAGCUGACGCAGUUUUUGCUUUUCAGUUGAGAAAUCCCGUACAUAAUGGCCAUGCUUUGUUGAUGAACGACACACGCAGGCGACUCUUGGACAUGGGAUACAAGAAUCCAAUUUUGUUGCUUCAUCCUUUGGGAGGUUUCACAAAGCCUGACGAUGUGCCAUUGGAUGUUCGGAUGGAGCAACAUAGCAAGGUCCUAGAAGAUGGAGUUCUUGACCCUGAAACUACUAUUGUGGGUAUAUUCCCAUCACCUAUGCACUACGCAGGUCCAACUGAAGUACAGUGGCAUGCCAAAGCUCGGAUAAAUGCAGGAGCAAAUUUCUACAUUGUGGGCCGUGAUCCUGCUGGUAUGGGACACCCCACAGAGAAUAGGGAUUUAUAUGACCCUGAUCAUGGGAAAAAGGUGUUAAGCAUGGCUCCCGGGCUCGAAAAGCUCAAUAUUUUGCCUUUCAGGGUGGCAGCUUAUGACACUGUGGAAAAGAAGAUGGCAUUUUUUGAUCCUUCACGCGCUAAAGAUUUCCUCUUCAUCUCUGGAACCAAGAUGCGUGCUUAUGCAAAGAGCGGCGAAAACCCUCCUGAUGGUUUUAUGUGUCCCUCGGGAUGGAAGGUUCUCGUCAACUAUUACAAGAGCUUGCAAACAGAAGAGGCAUCACAGCAACAAGCUGUGUUAUCUACUUAGACAUCAGUGGUAAAUUAAUACCGCUAGCCAGAUUAUAACCUAUGCAACACAAGGGUAACCUUGGAGAGUAUCUUUUAUUUUCCAAUCCAGUAGCCAAAAGUGUGCUAAUGCCUGUAAAAUUGAUAUUUUUUUUUCUUGUUUUUUUGUUAUCCAAUUUUUUUUUUUUUGUUUAUGAGUUUAUAUACAGGGCAAGAAUUUGCUUAAUAUAAUGGCCGAGUACUAUUUUUUCUUGAAA